CGGCCGCGGGGGCAGGGGCAGCUCCGCCUGCCUCCACUCCCCCCGGCUCCCCGCAGCUCAGCCGGCAGCCCCGGGCCGCUCAGUCCGAAGGGACUCGCCGGUCCUAGUACAGCCGGGGCUGGGGGGGAGUCUCCCCCAUGCGAGGAGCUGUGAAAGUGAGCGCUCCUCCGCGUCCCCGCCGUGUCCGACGGUCUUUCUCGCGCCCUGCUGGGGCGGGACGAGCGACCCCGCCACCUCUGCUGGGCGCUGCGACCCGCCGGUGCCGGAGCUGCUGCCGGCAGCGCGGGCUCCCGGGCACGUCUCCAAGGCAGCCCGCGGCGCGUGCGGGGCCGGGCGGGGUCUUGAUGAAACUCUGGCAGGAGGCCGCCUGGAAGGGCUCUAGCAGCCGCCCGGCCACGCUCCCUGCCCGCCGGAGCCGCGGGGCAUCGCCGGGGCGGGCGGCUCAGCCAGGCACCGGCCCGGCUUGAUCUGACUUCAAGCCCCAGCGGCUGCCCUGCAAGGGAGUGAGAUCCCGCCACGGCCGCGAGGCCGGCUGGCGAGCCGGAGGAGCCCGGGCGGAUGGACUGACUGAUCGAUUUGAUUCCCGCGGGUGGAUCGCGCCCUCCCCACUACUUUUUCCUUCCCCUGGAGGGAGAAGGAAAAGGAGUGAAGCAAAGGGGGGGGGGGGGGGGGAAGGCUUGUUGUGUAUUCAAAGCAAACCAAUCAGAGAUGGAAUAACAGAGGGGAUUGCUGCAGGACGUGCCGCCGCCGCCGCCUCCCUCCUCUGCUCUGAAAGGCGGGAUCGGGGCCGCACCGAUCCAGCCGAGGGGCCAGAGCCGCGCCGGGCUGCAGGACUUCCCCGCCGCUCGGCCUGCAAACGCAUCUUCCGAUUACUUUUCCAUCGGGCGCACGAAGCGGGCUCCAACUCCCUCUGCCCACCGCCGCCGCCGGAUUGCUGCUGGAUUUCGAGAUCCAGUCUGAAAGGAGAGGGGAGACCCCCCCCCCGCACACUCUCUUCGCGCCUCGCCCCCCCCCUAAAAAAAACCAACCCCAAACAAAUCCAUGCCCCUGGAUGCCGAGGGAGGACUGGGAUUUGGUAAGCGAUGCCAGGGCGAUAAGACUGGAGUUUCCCCCCGGAGCCUGAAGGAGGAUCGCUAGGCGGUUCCAGGAGGAAGCGGGGCUGCAGGAUGAAUAAGAGAUAUUUACAGAAAGCAACAAAAGGAAAACUUCUUAUAAUAAUAUUUGUUGUAACACUCUGGGGGAAAUUAGCAUCUGGGGCAAACCAUCAUAAAGCUCACCAUGUUAAAACUGGAACCUGUGAGGUGGUGGCACUCCACAGAUGUUGUAAUAAGAACAAGAUAGAAGAAAGGUCACAGACAGUCAAGUGCUCCUGCUUUCCAGGGCAGGUAGCAGGUACCACUCGAGCAGCUCCUUCUUGUGUUGAUGCUUCGAUAGUGGAACAGAAAUGGUGGUGCCACAUGCAGCCCUGUCUUGAAGGGGAAGAAUGUAAAGUUCUUCCAGAUCGGAAAGGAUGGAGCUGUUCUUCUGGGAAUAAAGUGAAAACAACUAGGAUGAUUGAUCCUGGUAUUCAUUAUUCCUGUCAUCCUCAGGCAAACGUGUAAAACUCUUCAAGUCCGAAUGGAGAAGUAGAAAAAAAGGAGGUUUCUGCUGUGCCUGAUGACAUUUUUUGAUUUUUCCACACACAAAAAAUAUUCUGGCUCCACGUUGGAGCACUAGUUGUGAUGAAUCCUAGUCUUGGUCGGAUUCUAAGGAAGGGCCAGAAGGUUCGUUGAGGAGUAAAGAGUCAAAACCACUCCAGAAAAUGUGUUCCAGCCCUGGUUUAUUACUCUCAGAGCAGCAGGUAACCCGAUAGCUGACGACAAAUCAAGUCAAUCUCAAGGCUGAUGACCUUAAAUACAACGUACAGAAAUUUCAGCAAGCAGUCCUUGAAGUGAGAUUUUAUACUGCUGGGGUGUGCCCUUCAGAACCAAUUAUUUCAAUGAGAACCUCACUUAUUAUCAGCAACAGUCUUGAGAUCAAAACUACUGAAAAGUCAUUGUGAACUUCUGUGUCACAUAGAUUUCAACUGAUUCAACUGUGUACACUUGUAAAAUUGCACUUGCUGAGGAUUUUGUGGCUGCAAUCUCAAGAGGUGAUGCUCAAAAGGUGCAGAAAAGGCAGCAAUCUUUCGGGUUCUCCAUUCCAGACUGACAGCUUUUCAUCUUUGCAAAGACAGCCUUCAAAAUGUACUGGUCCUUUCACUCUAAAACAUUUCUUGGUCCUACAUUCAAAUUGUUGGUGGGACUGCACACCACUUUAAUCAAAUUUCUGUUGCAGAAAUUGUCCUCUGGCAUGGCACAGUUUUAGACAUUUUUAUUUGUAUUCUAAUCUUAAAGCUCCAAAAGGCUACAUAUUUCAACAUCUUGAAGUUGCUUUUGUUAUAGGAAUGGAAAUAUAUAUCCAUUGUUAAUAAUUAUUGUUGACAAGUAAUAGUAAUCUGAGUACAUCAAUCAUAUUAGAAUGUAUAGUCAAGCCUGACAUGUUUCCCUAAGGCUAACUAACUACUGCAGCUCUUUGGCAGUUAAAUAAGUGGUGGUCAAAACUCAAUUACCAUUUUCAUUAGAAAGUAUUUUAUACCUUACAAUAUACAUUUCUGUUUAGUUUAAAGAUUGGGGUUCCUGCUAUGUACUUUAGUUUCUUAACAGUAAAUUCUUCUAAGUUCACAAUAAGCAGUAAAUGAUACUAACUAAUUCCUUCUUGUAAAGAUAGAGAGGGAUGCAUGUGACUUACAAUUCUGAGAUUGGAUGGUGAUCAUUCAGAAUUUCUUUUAGUUAUUAUUUAAAAUAGAACCUAUCUUUUGCUUGGACACAAGUACUGUCUGGAUGCUUAUGUAGAUGUCUCCUCAGUCUCUUCGUUGAUAGAGGAAAAAAUAAUUCUCUUCAACUCUGCUGUUCGUUAAUAUUUUGCUUACUGUUGUCCUGCCCAGAUCUUCUGGUCCUUCCUAUAGUCAUUUUCUCAAAAUAACAUUUAUUUUCCUAUUUUCUACUUCAGUAGUAAUUUUUUUGAACUCUGUGAUGUGUUGUUCCAUGAAAACCCUUAAUAUUUAAAGGCCUUAAACAUCUAUGGACUUUUUUCUAAGUUAUUACAGAAUGUAUAAUUUUAUACUCCAUUUAAUAUAUAUAGCAUCGUCUGUAAUAAUAAGACAAAGGGGAGCCGACAAUUCUUUGCUGUACUGUAUUGACACUGCAUAAGCAUGCCAACUGGAGAGAGUGAAAGAGUUAUAUUAUAUGCUUUGUUUACUACAUUGAAAUGAAGAUCAUACAAACUCAGAUUUAGUCAGAAAAACUGUGGGGGCAAUCUCAUUCAAAUGGCCUGCAUGGUUACUAGCAUUUUAGAAAAAGAGGGAAAUCUUUUGUAUUGUUACAAGUCAUUGACAUGGCUAACUAGAUAUAAAUUAGGUUCCAUGAUGAAUGAAUACCCUGGGGUGUGCUGAGCUGUCACACUAACCAAGGCUGUUCUAAGACCAUUUCAUUACCUCUGCUGUAUUAUUGCACAGGAGAGCUAAAAAUUAAUGAUUGUUGGAAAUAAAUUUGCGAUGUAUAUUUUGUCAUUUUGCUGAGGAAUAAUCAAAAGCACUGGUGGGGAAAUAUAUUCUUUUCUAAUUCAAAUUAAAUUAGGAGAAACUGUUUAAAACAGCAGUUAACUAUCUCAGUAUUUUAAAAUGGAUUACCAUUGUGUGGAUCGAUACUACAAGAGGUGCAAGAGUGAAAACAGCAUCUUAAGGAGAUAAAUCCUUUAUUUGGGACAGUAGAAACUACAAAUGUGUUAUUUUUUAGAAUAUGAGUUUGGCCUCAAUUUUGGUCAAAAUUCUGCAUCAUGCUUCUUUCUCAAUAUUUGUUUUCUUUGACUUUGUUCUUAAAACCAACACUGCAAAUACUGUAUUAUAUACAAGUGUAUCACAUGCAUAUCAAUAGGUGAAAAUAAAUGGAUUUUCAAAUAUACAGAAUAGAUUAUCUGCAGUAGAUUAAUGUUGUGACUAUUCAAAACAAGUGAAUAAAAUUGUGAUAUAAAAUGAA